AUGGCCAAAACAAUAACGGUAGUACUGCCAUAUCUCCCGUACAGAGCAACGCGGGUAGUUUCACUGGAUCUGUACAGGAAGGAAAUUCAAGGGUUUUUUUCGGUCCCGGUCGACAAUCUUCGAGCAUCGCCUUUUUUGUUACAGUACAUAAAAGAAAAUAUACCUGAUUACAAGAAUGCCAUAAUUGUUGCAAAAAAUCCCGGUGUCAUGAACAAGGCAACAUCGUAUGCAGAUCGUCUUCGGUUAAGUCUUGCUGUUAUACAUGGCGAACAGAAAGAUGUUGAGGAAAGUGGUUUGGAGGAUGGUCGCCAGAGUCCGCCAUUGGAUGGCUCACCACAUGAGAGUUUAGCUGCAUUCGAAUUAUUUCCAGCUCAAGUUGCAAAAGAAAAGCCUCCGUUGACUGUUGUUGGAGAUGUUGGUGGUCGUAUUGCCAUCAUGGUGGUAAGCUGCUUUUUUGAUUUCCCACUUAGAAAAUGUUUUAAGAAAUAUUUUUUUUAAAC